AUGGUUUGCCCGUUCAGGAUAGUGCAGAAGCUGGUGGCCUUGGCCAAAGAGCUGCAGGUCUACAUGACGAUUCCCUUCGUGGAGGAAGCGAAGGAAGGAGAGGCCGAGAGCCGGUUUUUCAACACAGUUUGUUUGGCUGGACCCUCUGGAGAAGUAGUCGUCCAUUAUCGCAAAACGCACCUUUGGGACUACGUCGAUGGAAGCUGGGCUUCCAGAGGCGAUAGCCCAGGCUUCGUGGAGACGGAAUUCGGCCGGGUUGGAAUUGGUAUUUGUUAUGAUGUACACCGCUUGGCUCAGCUGUACUCGAAUGCAAAUCUCUGGGCACUCUUGUACUCCGUGGCCUGGGUUGGGCACCCAACUGAUGGUCCGACAGAGCGCUGGUUUCGCAAGGACCUGUCCGAAAAAUAUUUGGGAAGAGACGGCUUGAAGUGCUUCGUCGUCGCCGCCAACUGGAGUACAGACCGUGAGUAUUUCUGGGACGGUGCUGGCUACAGCUCCAUAUAUGGACAAGACGGGCAAAGGCUUGCCUACCUGGAUCUUGAAGUUGGAGACAGCAUCUUGUACAGCGACAUACCAUUUCACUCGUCCUGA